AUGAAGAGCUCGUCCGGCUACGGCCUCCUCUGCGUGCAAGCCGUCUUCCUCUUCACGGGCGUCUUCUCGACCUGCGCGGCCCAGUUCAUCUUCUACCAGGGCGCCGGCGCGCAAAAGGCGAUGCUACUUCCGCUCUGCAACUACCUUGGCAUGAUGCUCGUGGGCGUGAUCCCAACGCCGCCUUCCGAGGCGCCGGCGACCGAAGCCCUCGGCAAGAAGCACGACGAUGACGUCACGACGCUCGACGAACCCAUCGACGCACCCAAGAGCCGCGAAGCGGCCGAGCUCACGCGCCGCCAGCCCACGGACGUCCACCUCCCGGACGUCGUCGCUAUGGUCGAGAAGCCGACCAAGGGCGGCCACCGCGGGUACUUGAACGGCGCGCUCCCGCUCGUGCAUGCGAUGCUGCUCCUCAACGUCUUCCUCGACUUUGCCGGCUGCAUCUUUGCCAACAUUGGUCUCUCGAUGGCCGGCAGCGGCGUCUACCAAGUGGUCUACUCGUCCGUCGUGUGCUGGUCGGCGCUCCUUUCGAAGGCGUUUCUCGGCAAGCACGUGGGCCGCAACGAAUGGCUGGGCAUCGCCACGGUCACGUUCGGCCUCGCCUUCUCGGCGCUCGGGCAGUCGAAUGGCGGCCGCAAUGCGGGCGUCGUGCUCAUGGGCUGCGUCAACACGCUCAUUGCCGCUGGUUUUUACGGUGGCAACUAUGUUGCUGGCGAGUACAUGCUCAAGCUGCCCGAGCGACCCGAGCCCAAGGUGCUCUGCCUCCGCAUGGGCAUCAUCUGCGUCUCGAUGAUCUCAGUGUACCAAAUGUUCUUUGUGUUGCCGCAGUGGAACCACAUGAUCACCAAGCCCGUCAUGGACGCCAACGGCAACCCCGUCCACAUCCUUGCGGCGCUCUUUUGGUACACCAUGUCGCAGCUCGCGCACGGCUUGACGUACUUCAUGAUGCUGGGCUCCUGCGGCGCCGUCACGACCGGCAUCAUGCAGAGUCUUCGCGCCGUCUGUGUCUUUGCUUUGAGCUCGCUUCUCUACUGCAGCCACCAAGAGUCGCAGUGCUUUGACGCCAAACGCGGCGUCGCCACGUGCGUCGUUGUCCUCGGCGUCCUCUUCUACUCGUAUGCAAAGAACCAGUCGGCAUCGGUGCUCAAGCCGCUCCAAGACAAGCUGCCGAUGCCGACGCUCCUCGUCAAGAACCACGUCGUCUAG